UACCUCCUAAUCAACGAGUAACCGGGACGUUGUUGGCAGCUUGCCAUUGAUGUCGGAUUACUCCACUAGGUCGCUGAUUGUGGUAGAGGACGAUAUGGCGCAUCGCAACGAGCGGUCACUACACUUUGAAAAAUUUGGAUGGAAAAGGUACAUGCUGUCCAUGUCCCAGCAAGUAACAAAUUCUUUUCAAACGAAACGGUACAUAGCCCUCGUAAUAGUACUUCUAACUCGUGAAGUGGGUGCAGCCAAUGCAGCAAUAACUAAAGGUAAUACAAAUCCAACAUCUUUGAGUUUUCGCGACGUAACGGCGACUCUAGAAGCGACGCCGUCCGUCCAUGUGUUCAACAAGCGAACCGUCGUCGUCGUGUUGUCGUGUUCGUGGGAAGGGGCCCGAGCGGGACCCCGGACGGCACGCUACAGAUGGCUUCUCGACGGUAAAGCAAUCAAUACUUCCACACGACCGGACCACUACAGUCUGCGACACUCUGGUGCCUCGCUGACGCUUGUCGGACCCGGUCGAGACGACGAGGGAACUUAUCGCUGCCAGGCGAUGUCGACAAACGGUCACGUGAUCGCCAACAGCACGGCAGCCUUAGUACAUAAAGAUGUGCCCAUUUCUGGUAAUACCCAAGUGAUUACCAAAGGCACUAGAGGUCGACUGAGGUGUCCUUCGACCGGAACAGGACACUCUGCUGUCAUAUGGAACCGCGACGGCAUCCAACUGCUCAAUGGUACCAAGUACCGCCACACCAACGGGCCAGACCUCGAGAUCGUGAGCGUCGACUGGGACGACAUGGGCGAGUACGUGUGCACGGUUGUCGCUUCGAAUGGACACCCAGACCACAAAAUUUACGUCAGUGUUCAAGGGCCGCCUAUCCCUCCGUCAAAGAUCCACGCGCAGACAAGCAGCAAUGGUUACAUACCGUGUAACAACGUCGUGCUUUCAUGGAUGGCGCCUGAAUUCAACGGUCACAAACCGGUUCUCGUCUACGAAGUGGCUUGCGACAAACAGAUAAGCGGAGCUCUUCAGCCCUUCUUCCGAACCGUAACCGGCAAAACGACGGCUGCCGUGCCUGUAGAUCAACACGGAGUCGAGAACGUGUGUUUCGUACGGGCAAACAACACACUGGGGUACUCCAAUUGGAGUACCUACUACUUCCAGUGUCGUUUCGACUACAAUUCUGAACCUUUACCACCAACUGCUGCUAAAACAGUGUCAACGGCUACAGGAACUGCAAGAUCCGGGCUGACGUUUACUUCGUCAAUUGCUGUUCAUCCUACAUCAGAUGGUUCACAGGACUUGCCCAAUGAAACAACAAAACCAUCUAAAACAAGAAAUCUAAACUUUCAAGUGAGUGGUCCACUUUACAACGUCCUUCCAAAUUCAACCAGACAUGUUCUAAGUCCUUCAAGUACUGAUGAACCAAUGGGCCCACCCGGAAAACAAAACUACCCAGCAAUCGUUACAGCGAUACUACCUGGUGCAGCCGUUUUCAUUGCAAUCUGGGUAAUGAUAUACAAACACAAGAAAACCACGAAGAAGAAGAUCUAUGACUUAGAACUAUCGCAAGACAAGCACUCAAAACAAGUCCAGGAAAUGAAGGAAGGACUGAAGCAAACCAGUGUGUACCAACAGAAACAAUCUCUAGAGAAUGCAGACUUGUUGGUCGAGAAUGGCAAUUCAAUGCCUGACCCAACCUAGUUAUGUUUAGUGCUACUGUACUGCAAUCAAAGGGACUUCGGUGGCCUCUGCAUCAAAGAACUCCAUCUGUGAUGCAAGCCUGGCACCAAUGUGCAGCUCUGCUGUCUCACGUGCCAAGGUAUGUCCUCCCUGCCGAAAGUCGAGGGUUUCCCCGGCCUAACCGGUUUUCCUCCCUCCGCCUGAAUGUCCUCCAUAAUGGCUGAACAAUUAAGCGUGUAAAUUAGCAGCCUCUGUACAAAGUCAUCGCUGGCUUUAUGUGAGUGAUUUUAUGCAUAAAAAUAUGUAUUAGUGUCCAAAUGAUA